AUGACGGUGAAAACGAGUGACGGGACGAGAAAGGAAGGCUACAAAGGCCAUGGAGAAGGUUCAUCCAAGAGAACAUCAGAAAAGACAAAUGCCAGAGGGAAAAGAGAGAAGAAUUCCCCCCAGACCAAGGUGGUGGCACGUCGUCUGCCCCCAUCCAUGACAGAGGAAGAAUUUUUGGAGGCUGUGUCACCACUUGCAGAGUACGAUUAUUUCAGCUUCGUCCCUGCUGACAGGAGUCUUGGGGCUCAUGCUUUCUCUAGAGCUUACAUUAAUUUUAAAAACACCGACGAUGUUUUCACCUUUCGAGACAGGUUCGACAGCUAUGUGUUUGUCGAUAAGAAAGGUAAUGAAUACCCAGCCAUGGUGGAAUAUGCCCCAUUCCAAAAGAUACCAAAAAGAAUCGGAAACAAAAAGAAGGAUAUACGAGCAGGGACCAUAGACCAGGACCCAGACUUUAUGGCAUUCCUGGAAUCACUUGAAAAACCAGAGACAGUCCAGCUUCCAACACUAGAGGUCGUUCUGGAAGAGAUACAUGCCCAUGAACGGGAGUUGAAAGCUAACAACGGAAUCAUAAAGGUGAAGACUCCACUACUCGAGUUCAUUGAACAGAAGAAGGCUGAGAAGUUACGAACAAAGGAGGAGAGGCGAGAGGAAAGGAGGAGGAAGGAAUUCGAGAGGAAGAAAGCUCGGGAAGAAGAGAAGAAGAAGCGGAAGGACUUCAGGGACCACAGAGAGGUUAAUAAGAAAGAGGAAGUGAGAGAGGUGAAAGAGGAUGGCUCCGUGAAAGUAAGAGAAGUUUAA